ACGCAAAUCAGAAGGCGAAUGAUAUUCCAACGUCUCUAGGAUUUACGAUUUAGUUCCAGUUCAACUCAGAAAGCUGUCUAGUCAGCCAGUUCCGAAAUGUCCAGAUUAGUUGUGCUCUGCUUGUGCAUUGCUGCUGCAACAGCAGCCACCAUUGGAGACAAAAAAGACUCUCGGAUAGUUGGCGGCGUCGAGGCAUUACCAGACGAGUAUCCGUACGUCGUGACGAUUCAGCGAAACUUCGUUUUCUGGUCCAGCCACGUCUGUGGAGGCAGUAUCCUGAAUGGCUUCCACGUGCUUUCUUCGGCAAACUGCUUUUUCAAUAACCUGAGUGCUAGAUAUCGAGUCCAGGCUGGUAAGCUGAGGUUGAAUGCUGUCGAAGCUACAGAGCAGACCAUCCAGGUCCAACGAAUUACAAUACAUCCUGGUUACAAUGGAGGAAUCAGUGCUAAUGAUAUUGCUAUACUUCGUUUGGCAUCGCCUUUCGGUUUCACUGACAGCAUUCAACCAGUCGUACUACCAACAAUCGACACUAUUCCCAGUGGCGUCGUGCGUAUCGCCGGAUGGGGUUCCACCUCGAUGGGCUUGCUACCCAGUAUGCCGAACAUUCUACAGCAGACCCGAGUAGCCAUCGUUCCGAAUCUGGAGUGUCAAAUUCUGAUGGGAGGAUCCGGUAUUGGUCCGGUUAACGAAGACAUGGUCUGCGUGGGUCCCAUCACCGGUGGUAUCGGUACCUGCGAUGGAGAUUCCGGUAACCCAGUCGUACAGGUGGUUAAUCAACAAUACGUUCAAGUUGGAAUCGUCGGCUGGCACCCACGCCCCUGCGGACAUGCGGGAAUACCGUCGGGUGGUGCACGGGUUUCGGCGUUCAUCGAAUGGAUUAACCUGAAUGCUGAGUUCUAAGCUCAUAAGAAAUACAAUAAUUGUGAAGCAGAUGGCUGUUAUAUUUUGUUCAAGUUUCAGUAUUUAGGCGAUGUUAAAACUGAAGAUAGAGAAAACAAUUACAUUCAAAAAAAUUGGAACCCAUUUUAUUGCGUCUUUUAAUGACGUGCCUUCCUUACAAAUGUUAUGAUCACAUACAUCUUGUGCCCUGAAUUUUGUUCAAAUAAAUUAACAAGAGUUGUGUUGAAAAGGUCUAA